AUGUCUUCCUCCGAUAGACCAGCGCCAAUCCGUCUCGGCACCAUCGCCCCAAACUUCGACGCCGAAACCACCAACGGCCCCAUCAACUUCCACGACUUCAUCGGCGACAACUGGGUCGUCUUCUUCUCGCACCCAGAAGAUUACACGCCCGUCUGCACGACCGAGCUGGGUGCUUUUGCAAAGCUCGAGCCAGAGUUUGCCAAACGCGGUGCCAAAUUGAUCGGGCUGUCUGCAAACACCAUCGAGUCGCACGGAGGAUGGAUCAAGGAUAUCGCGGAGAUCUCGGGGAAUAAUGUGAAAUUCCCAAUUAUCGGGGAUAAGGAUAGGAAGAUUGCUUUGGCUUUUGAUAUGCUCGACCACCAAGACACAACCAACGUCGACUCCAAAGGCAUCGCCUUCACCAUCCGCUCCGUCUUCAUCAUCGACCCCAAGAAGACCAUCCGUCUCAUCCUCUCCUACCCGGCCUCCACCGGCCGCAACACCGCCGAGGUGCUCCGCGUCUUGGACUCCCUACAAACCGGCGACAAACACCGCAUCACUACGCCCAUCAACUGGACUCCGGGAGAGGAUGUCAUCGUGCACCCAAGUGUCAAGAACGACGAGGCUGCGAAGUUGUUCCCGGAGUUUAGAAUCGUGAAGCCGUACCUGAGAUUUACGCCGUUGCCUAAGGAGAAGACUUCUGCUAAUGUUUGA